CCUUUGGAUUUUUGGACAGGAGAAGCAGCAGCAGCAGCAUCGGAGGAGCGAAGUGGCACUCAGGGAACGAAGGCCGGUGGAAAAACCGUAGAUUUGGGGAAUUUUUCUUUUCUUUAGUGGAAUACGCAUAUGCAUCCAUUGGAGCCAGGGCGUGUAGUGUAAAUUCAGAGAGCAACCAUGGGGGUCUUGGAGGGGUAAAUGUAAGCGACUGUGAUUCGUGCAGCUAACGGUGUAUAUCCAGAAACGUUUAUACGUAAGGCUCUAUCCUGUGCAGUCUAAUUUACCCGGCUAGCUAGCUCCAGAUUGUCGACCAUCUUCAGUAUACCGGGGAACCUCAGCUAGCUUCCCUGGGUGCUGUACGGAUGUUGCUGCCAAAUCGACGGAACGCUGGUUCCUUUCUCGACAUCGUCCUCGGAUCAGCGUUUUGAUCGACAUUUUCCCGGCGCAGUGAUCAUCGCGGAUCAGCGGAUUACAGAGCCGGGCUGCUAGACGAAGGAGAAGGUGGGGCGGAGGAGUGUCAAGCCCCAUAACGUCCAUCGCAAAGCAACCGAGCUGGCUAACUAGUUAGCCGGUUCUGUCAUUGGGAUUUUUUUUUUUGGGGGGGGGGAAUAAUCAUUUUUACGGGAAAUAUCUGCUUUUAAAUCCUGAACAUCAUUUUUUGCGAUUUCGAGUUUGCACCUGGACGCAGAACGAAACAAAGCUGCAGCCGUCCAUUUUAUCCACAAAUACAUCUCCACCAACACCACGUUUUAUCCCCCCUUUCCCCGGAGAUAACGCUAGCAAGCUAGAACCCCCGGUUCCUGUUGGACCAUGGCUGACGACGACGUGCUGUUUGAAGAUGUGUACGAGCUGUGUGAGGUGAUCGGGAAGGGGCCAUUUAGUGUGGUGCGCAGAUGCAUUAACCGGGACACAGGACAGCAGUUUGCUGUGAAGAUUGUGGAUGUGGCCAGUUUUACCUCCAGCCCUGGACUCAGCACAGAAGAUCUGAAGCGAGAGGCUAGUAUCUGCCACAUGUUGAAGCACCCUCACAUUGUAGAACUCCUGGAAACCUACAGCUCAGAUGGAAUGCUCUACAUGGUUUUUGAGUUUAUGGAUGGUGCAGAUCUUUGCUUUGAGAUAGUGAAGAGGGCAGAUGCAGGGUUUGUCUACAGUGAGGCUGUGGCCAGUCACUACAUGCGCCAGAUCUUAGAAGCACUGCGCUACUGCCAUGACAACAAUGUUAUUCAUCGAGAUGUCAAGCCUCACUGUGUGCUCCUGGCAUCUAAAGAGAACUCUGCUCCUGUUAAGCUGGGUGGUUUUGGGGUGGCCAUUCAGCUGGGCGAGUCUGGCUUGGUGGCUGGAGGACGGGUAGGGACACCUCACUUCAUGGCCCCUGAAGUAGUUAAGAGGGAGCCAUAUGGGAAGCCUGUGGAUGUGUGGGGCUGCGGUGUCAUCCUCUUCAUCCUGCUCAGUGGCUGCCUUCCAUUCUAUGGUACUAAGGAGCGCCUGUUUGAGGGCAUUAUUAAAGGCAAAUACAAGAUGAACCCUCGGCAGUGGAGCCAUAUUUCAGAGAGUGCCAAAGACUUGGUGCGGCGCAUGCUUAUGCUGGACCCUGCUGAGAGGAUUACCGUCUAUGAAGCCCUCAACCACCCUUGGCUAAAAGAGAGGGAUCGCUAUGCCUACAAGAUCCACCUGCCUGAGACUGUGGAACAACUGAGGAAGUUCAAUGCCAGGAGAAAGCUAAAGGGAGCAGUGCUGGCUGCUGUAUCCAGCCAUAAAUUCAACUCUUUCUAUGGUGACCCCCCAGAGGAACUUCAUGAUUUUACAGAGGAUCCCACCUCCUCAGGAUUGCUUGCUGCAGAAAGAGCAGUUUCUCAGGUUCUGGAUAGUCUUGAAGAGAUCCAUGCCCUGACUGAUUGUAGUGAGAAAGAUUUGGAUUUCCUACACAGCGUUUUCCAGGACCAACAUUUACACACAUUGUUGGAUCUUUAUGACAAGAUCAACACAAGGUCUUCACCGCAGAUCAGAAAUCCACCCAGCGAUGCUGUUCAGAGAGCCAAAGAGGUGUUGGAGACAAUCUCCUGUUACCCAGAAAACAUGGAGGCUAAAGAGUUGAGGCGAAUUCUCACACAGCCUCAUUUUAUGGCAUUGUUGCAAACACAUGAUGUUGUGGCUCAUGAAGUGUACAGUGAUGAGGCACUGAGGGUCACCCCCCCUCCAACUUCACCAUACCUGAAUGGAGAUUCGCCUGAGAGUGUCAAUGGAGACAUGGAUCUUGAGAAUGUCACCCGCGUUCGGCUGGUGCAAUUCCAGAAGAACACCGAUGAACCUAUGGGCAUCACUCUAAAGAUGAACGAUCUGAAUCAUUGCAUUGUAGCCCGUAUUAUGCAUGGAGGAAUGAUCCACAGGCAAGGAACACUGCAUGUGGGUGAUGAAAUUCGUGAGAUUAAUGGCAUCAGUGUAGCCAAUCAGACAGUGGAGCAGCUUCAGAAAAUGCUGAGGGAGAUGCGUGGGAGUAUCACAUUUAAGAUUGUACCAAGUUAUCGCAGCCAGUCCAUAUCUUGUGAUAAGGACUCACCUGACCUGACCAGACAUUCUCCUGCCAACGGUCAUGCCAGUGUCACCAGCUCCAUUUUGGACUUGCCAGCAACCAUCCAACCCAAAGGACGGCAGAUCUCCAGACCUGCAAUCAAGGAUAAAAUGUCCAUGAAGAUAUUCGUACGUGCACAGUUUGAGUAUGACCCCGCCAAAGAUGACCUCAUCCCAUGUAAAGAAGCGGGCAUUCGCUUCCGGGUUGGUGACAUAAUCCAGAUCAUCAGUAAGGAUGACCACAACUGGUGGCAGGGCAAGCUGGAGAACAUGAAAAAUGGUACAGCUGGACUCAUUCCCUCCCCUGAGCUGCAGGAGUGGCGUGUGGCCUGCUUAGCGAUGGAGAAAACCAAGCAGGAGCAGCAGGCCAGUUGUACCUGGUUUGGCAAGAAGAAGAAACAGUACAAAGACAAAUACCUAGCUAAGCAUAAUGCAGUGUUCGACCAACUAGAUCUUGUCACGUAUGAAGAAGUUGUCAAGUUGCCUGCUUUCAAGAGAAAAACACUGGUCUUAUUAGGAGCCCAUGGUGUUGGCAGACGACAUAUAAAGAAUACACUUAUCGCAAAGCACCCAAACAGAUUUGCUUAUCCCAUCCCACACACAACCAGACCCCCUAAAAAGGAUGAGGAAAAUGGUAAGAAUUACUACUUUGUGUCACAUGACCAGAUGAUGCAGGACAUCUCAAACAACGAGUACCUGGAGUAUGGGAGCCAUGAGGAUGCGAUGUAUGGUACACGUCUGGAAACCAUUCGAAAGAUUCACGAGCAGGGCAUGAUCUCCAUUCUGGAUGUAGAGCCACAGGCACUGAAAGUGUUGCGGACAGCUGAAUUUGCUCCCUAUGUUGUUUUUAUCGCUGCUCCAACUGUCACCCCUGGUAUGAAUGAGCUUCCAAGGUGGUGCAGGAAACUGCCUGACGAGUCUCUGCAAAGGCUGCAGAAAGAAUCCGAGGCCCUGCAGAAAUCCUAUGCGCACUACUUCGACAUGACCAUCAUCAACAACGAGAUCGAUGAAACCAUCCGGCUACUGGAGGAGGCCAUUGAUGUAGUGUCUACCACCGCUCAGUGGGUGCCUGUAUCUUGGGUCUACUAGCAUCUCCUAUAGGCCACAGUUUUACACCAGUGUGGCCAGGCUAUUCCUCUUCCUCAAAAGAAAAAGAAAAGAAAAAAGAACCACACACAUUAAUUUCGAACAGACUCACAAACCACUAGUCCAUGUGUUGAUAUCAUCGAGACCCUCCUGUGGGACUGCAAAAGCAUAGUGCUGUACAUAUCGAAACAUAUAAAUAUAUAAAUAUUAAUAUAAAAAGAAUAAAUAUGGUCCUGUACUUAUAGCUAGGGGUUGGACAUUUUGUACUUUGUUUUUCGGAAUGAAAGAGACGGCAUCUCAGAGCAAUGACGAGCACAGUAAUCAGUCAGUGAUUGGGUGUGGGUUGUUGAAUGACAGGAGGGUUUGAGAGGAUGAGUCCAUACACAGAUUAAAUACUGUAAUUGGGCACAGCCUGAUCGGGCAGAAGAGAAACCUUGUUCCUUGUCUCACCCCACCGGUCUAACUCAGUUUAAUGUCACAUUUCCUGGACAUGUUCACAGUGGCUUGUCCAUGGGCAGUUGAUAAGCACAGUUGGCUUGAGUGCGCCAAAAUUCUAUAUAAUUUAUUUUUAAAGGGUACUUGACUGAACAUGUUGGAAGUUUGGUAACUUUAGCCUGUGCUGGUCUCUUACCCUUUCCUGUUACUUCCUCUGUUUGUUUAGCACUCUUAAUUUGCACAAUGGACAAUAGAGGGGAUGGGUGCUCUCUCUCUCUCUCUCUCUCUCUCUCUCUCUCUCGCGCUCUCUCUCUCUCUCUCUCUCUCUCUCUCUCUCUCUCUCUCUCUCUCUCUCUCUCUCUCUCUCUUUUCAAUUUCUUCUUGUUUUUAUUUCUCCGAGUGAAAAAUUCCGAAUGGUUCAAGAGUGCAGUGUGUUUGGUGUUACCAGUAUCAUACUUCUCUCAUCUCCUAAAAAAGAAAAACAACAAAAAAGUAAGUAAAAAAAAAAAUGAUGGGGGAAACAGACACCUAUGCACAUCCUUGUAACUCUGGAACACUGGUAAACCCUCUGAGUGGACAACCUUUUUCAUGGCCUGUCAAGUGAUGUGUUUGUAAAUUUUGUCUGAAUUUUAUUUGUCUUGUGGGUUGGGUGGGUGGGGGGUGAUAAGAAUUUCCUGGAUCUGCCAUUCCAGAAAUGUGGUGUCUUAAGAGUAUUAUUGUUUUAUGUUUCUCCCAGAAAGAUUGAGACCGAGGGGAUUUUAUUGUGUCUACCUGUUUCACUGGUACAUGCGUUCUUCUUAAAUGGAAGAAUUGUUGUGUGCAUAGACAUAAAUGAAUUCAGUGUGACAGACUUUUCAUUUCAUAUCUCCCUUGUGUAAAUUUCUCUGAAAAUAAGUUACUCCUCAGUAUGGCUUUUGUAAAUAGAUUUCAUGUGUUGGGGAAAAAGUAAACUGCCUUUGAAUUCAUGCAAAA